AUGCGGAUGACGUGUUUUUUCGUACGCUUCGUUCGUAAAUUGCGAAGAGUAGUAACUCUCCAUUUCCCCACCGAUGAUUUCGCCACGUUCCCGCUGCACGCCAUCGCUCCGGCAAUCACCACACAGACAGAGCCGUGUGUCGACCUCCUCGACAAUUUACCAGCUCAACAAGUGAACACCACAUUCAGAUUCGACUCGGAGACACCGCUUCAUGACAUUCUCUCCCACCCGGAGGCUUCCUGCGGUCUCCAUUCUGCUGCUGCCUCGGGUACAAACACCUCAACGACAAUCCACAGCCACAUUAAUCGCUUCCUCGACCGCGUCGUCACGCUAGCUCGAGUGGAGCAGCAGCUCACGUCACACUUGUUUCACCGUGGCAAUGCGCAGCACGCGGACAGCUGCACAGCUCGCGGCGCGUUGGUGUAA